UCUCAAUGGCCCCUUUGAUUUGAGAACCCCGUUCCGUUUUUGUUUCCCCUCUGGCCCCGCAGCCGUCAGUGUAGUGUAUCGUUCGCAGCAAGAGAAAAAUUGAAAUUGUGUUGCUAUCGCUGGCUUAAUUACUUUAAUUCCCUUCACAAGGGCAUCAGUAAUAUAGUCGUCUCACACAUCAUUCACAAUGUCCGUCGACAAGGAGGAACUGGUGCAACGCGCCAAGCUGGCGGAGCAGGCUGAGCGAUACGACGACAUGGCGGCCGCGAUGAAAGAAGUCACUGAGACCGGCGUCGAGCUCAGCAACGAAGAAAGAAACCUCCUGUCCGUCGCCUACAAAAAUGUUGUGGGUGCUCGGCGGUCCUCAUGGCGAGUUAUAUCCUCAAUCGAACAGAAAACCGAAGGUUCCGAAAGAAAACAACAGAUGGCAAAAGAAUAUAGGGUUAAAGUAGAAAAGGAGCUCAGAGAAAUCUGCUAUGAUGUAUUGGGUUUACUUGACAAACACCUUAUUCCCAAAGCUAGUAAUCCAGAAAGUAAAGUAUUUUACCUUAAAAUGAAAGGAGACUACUACAGGUACCUCGCGGAAGUGGCCACAGGAGAAACCAGAAAUUCUGUUGUAGAGGAUUCACAGAAAGCAUACCAGGAUGCUUUCGAAAUCAGCAAGGCCAAAAUGCAACCCACACAUCCAAUCAGGCUGGGUUUGGCGUUAAAUUUCUCAGUUUUCUACUAUGAGAUAUUAAAUUCACCAGACAAAGCGUGUCAUCUCGCCAAACAGGCGUUCGAUGACGCGAUCGCAGAGCUGGACACGCUUAACGAGGACUCAUACAAGGACUCGACUCUGAUCAUGCAAUUGCUGCGAGACAACCUGACGCUGUGGACGUCGGACACGCAGGGUGACGGCGACGAGCCCGCCGAAGGCGGCGACAACUAAGGCGCUUCGCCCUCCAUUCUCCUCCCAUCGGUGUUUUGUACGAGUAACAUUCGAGGACGCCGGCCCCCGCGAGUCGUCGCUUGUAAAUGUUCACGUGUUCGCAGCGGACCUUCGCGAUCCGUCUCAAAUUAAAUGUUGUGUCAUCUUUGACGGUUUUGUAUUUCUGUAUUUACACUGGAUUACAGAUAUCGAGCUGACCUGAUGAAUAUAAAUAUUUAUAACUUAAGUUAUUAAAAUUACGGUUUCUUAAGUUAAAA